CGUCGUGUGGCACAGGGACACUCGGAGGAGCCAGGCAGGGCAUGUUCCCUGUUGGGAUGAGCCCAGGGAAGGCAGGGAAGCUUCAGCAGGUCUAUAGCUUGGGGCACUGGGCCCUGCGAUGCCGUUUGGCUGCGUGACACUGGGGGACAAGAAAGACUACAACCAACCGUCCGAGGUGACCGACAGAUAUGACCUGGGCCAGGUCAUCAAAACGUGAGGAGAAUUCUGCGAAAUCUUCCGGGCAAAGGAGAAGACGUCGGGCAAGCUGUACACCUGCAAGAAGUUCCUGAAGCGGGACGGGCGCAAGGUGCGGAAGGCCGCCAAGAAUGAGAUCAUCAUCCUGAAAAUGGUGAAGCACCCCAACAUCCUGCAGUUGGUGGACGUCUACAUCACACGCAAGGAGUACUUCAUCUUCUUGGAGCUGGCCACGGGCCGGGAGGUUUUCGACUGGAUCUUGGACCAGGGCUACUACUCGGAGAAGGACACCAGCAACGUCAUCCGGCAGGUGCUGGAGGCCGUCGCAUACCUGCACUCCCUCAAGAUUGUUCACAGGAACCUCAAGCUGGAGAACCUGGUGUACUACAACCGCCUGAAGAACUCCAAGAUCGUCAUCAGUGACUUCCACCUGGCCAAGCUGGAGAACGGUCUCAUCAAGGAGCCCUGCGGCACCCCUGAGUACCUGGCUCCAGAGGUGGUGGGGCGGCAGCGGUACGGGCGGCCGGUGGACUGCUGGGCCAUUGGUGUCAUCAUGUACAUCCUGUGACCUCUCGGGGAACCCCCCUUCUAUGAGGAGGCGGACGAGGACGACUACGAGAACCAUGACAAGAACCUCUUCCGCAAAAUCCUGGCCGGGGACUACGAGUUUGACCCACCCUACUGGGAUGACAUCUCGCAGGCGGCCAAGGAGCUGGUGACACGGCUGAUGGAGGUGGAGCAGGACCAGCGGAUCACGGCGGAGGAGGCCAUCUCCCACGAAUGGAUCUCUGGCAACGCUGCCUCCGACAAGAACAUUAAGGACGGCGUCUGCGCUCAGAUCGAGAAGAACUUCGCCAGGGCCAAGUGGAAGAAAGCCGUGCGAGUGACCACGCUCAUGAAGCGGCUGCGGGCGCCCGAGCAGACGGAGUCGGCCCCUGCAACCACCGCCGCUACCGCCACCACCAUGCGAUGGUGA